CUCCGUACGAUGCGCUGGUAAAUCAAAAAAGUAUGAGUAAAAAUAUGGAAACAAACAAGAGUCAAAACGGGGCUCACGCCCAGCAAGCAGCUAUCGUAGCAAGCGCUGAGAUGAAGAGGGCACAAGCACUGGAACACCUUGAUAAGCUUACUAGAGAGCUGCAUGAGUUUGUUAAGUCUAAAGUCAACAUCCACAAAGAGAUCAAGACGAAGACAACCGGCGUAGUCAACACCCUUCAAAGGUUCAGAACACUUGAUGACGGAUGGCAGACACCGUCGAAGAGAUGGACACCGGUGCCGAAGGCGAUGGUGAAUCUGUAACAGAAGACAGAAGCGACACUGGUGUCAGGUCUGGGAAGAGGAAAGACCGUAACUCCCCUGACCCAACGGUCAACCAAGUAAUGAAGAAAAAGGACACAAAACCAAGUCCUCCGAAAGAAGUGGCGGCACGGAGUGCCAAAAAUAAGGAGGUCGACGCGUGGCAAAAAGUAGAAUCGAAGAAGAGAAGGCCGGAGCAGGAUCACCUCCCAAAGCAAUUGCCGAAGGAGCCACGACCGGAACCUAAGCGGAAAAAAUCGCGCAAAUGGAUCAGACCUGACGCGCUGAUAAUCCGCCCUGCCGAAAAAGAGAAGUAUUCCGAGAUAUUGCGCCGCAUAAAGCGUGAUGUCCCAGCAGACCAGGUUCGAAAUACUGUCGAGAAGAUCCGCAGGACUAUGACCGGAGAUAUGCUGAUCACGUUGUCAAGGAAAAGUGCUGACAAAGGCCAAGCCUUGCAGAGGACCAUCACAGGAAUUCUUCAAGACGAUGCUAAGGUAGUCUGUAAAGGUCCACAGGAGACCAUUGAGAUUCGAGACAUCGACGAAGAAACAACGAAGGAAGAGAUCCAGGCCGCCCUGAAAGAGGAAGUUGGAAAAGAUCAUGAGAUACCUCUGGAAGGAAUAAAAAUCCGUAAGGCUUUCAGAGGUACGCAGACGGCUGCAGUCACUUUACCUAUGACCAUCGCGCGAAAAUUAGUGGAAGGAACCGGCAAGAUCCAUGUCGGGUGGGUUAACUGCCGAAUCAAAGCGACGACGAGACCUAUCCAAUGCUUUAAAUGCUGGCAUUUUGGACAUGUUGGGCCCCAAUGUAAAAGCCAAGUAGACCGAUCUAAACUCUGCAUCAGAUGUGGACAAGAAGGGCAUCGUAUCGCGGACUGUAAAAAUUCUGCCAAGUGUGCAAUAUGUGCUGACCAGCAAGGAGCAAAGGACGUGGCUCACCAUGCCGGCACCUACAGAUGCCCGGUAUAUCAGGAGGCGUUCCAGAAGUUGACGAACAAACAAGCAUGAGGAUAUUGCAGCUCAACCUCAACCAUUGUGAAGCAGCGCAUGACCUGCUCAUGCAAUCUGUGCGAGAAUUAGAGCUGGACUUGGUACUGAUAACAGAGCCAUAUAAACACCUGAGUACCCAACCCUGGGAAUCUGACAGCACAUCCAAAGCUGUCAUCUGGUCAUGUGGCA